AUGUCUACUACUGUUGUUGCUGCUGAUUCAAAUCAGUUAAAUUUCAAUCCAUCAUGGAUGCGUCCCGUUUCUAUGCCGGUAUCGGCUGGAGGUGGAAAUAGCAGCGGUAAUCGUACGGAACCACUAUUUGCUGUUGAAAAUCCCACAGUCGAUUGUCCUAUAGCGGAUCCAGUUUUCGUAAAAAAUCGUUAUGGCCGUGAAGAUCUGCUCGCUCUUCUUUCUAAAGAUGUACAUCCACCGUACGGUCUUGACAAAUGCCAAUUUUUUAUAUCUGCUGCUCAGAAACCAAUCGUAUUAACACCGCUUUCUGAUACUGAGACGCGACUGCAACACAACAUAAAUUCGAGCAAAGCGAUGAGUUUAUUAAGCCAUGCGGAUCGAGCAACGAUUGCUUCUGGUGGCAUGAUUGGUGGUCCGAAUAUUCCAUUGCAGUUGAGAGCAGGCCAAGAAAAUCGCUCAUUUUCGCCAUCAUGGAUACCUGCAUCUGGUGGUGGAAAUAAUGGUUUUGGAAGGGGUGGCUUGCAGUUUGGUCGUGCAGGCUUUGGAGGUUCAUAUCGUGGACGUGGUAUGACGCAACCAAGCUCUACCAAUCCAUCCGAAUCAGUAGUAAUCGGACGAUUUAAUGCUAAUCGAAAUAAUCGGGCCGGUGCAGCUGGUUUUGGUCGAGGAAGCAAUACCACACAACCGUUUAAUGCACGAGCUCAAGGUUUGUAUGAUCCCCGAGAUCCACGUGAUCGUCCGAGACAACGCCUUCGUAGCUCAUCUGAUGAUGCACCAAAUCCGUCAUUUGGAACCACUGACGAUUCUCCUGCACUUCUUAAUAGUGGUUGGACCCAAGUAGGGCGAGCUGCAGCACCAUGGAGUAAGAGAACACAUAUCAAUGUGAAUGCAAUGCAGCAACCAGCAGCGAACGCCGAAUUUACUAGUCAGUCACAAUUACCCGAAUGGAUGAGUGAUGAUCAGGAAAGAGGAGAUAGUUCAAAUCUAGAUGAAACUGGUUCAUUUGACGACAGCGGCCAAUUUCAAACAGCAACAGUCAUUCAUCGAAUGGCGACAUCUUUGGAUUUGAUACAAAAUUCUGCAUCAAAUAUACCAGUAGAUAUUCCGGAAGGACAAAGGUCGUAUCAAGAAGAGGAAAAACCGGCUUUAGCAUCAUCUGUACCUGUUACUGUUCCGAAUACUUGGUCUGUGUUAGAGCAACCACAGUCAAAUAGAAUUACAAAACAGUUUGUCGAGAAUCCUGAUAAUAACAUAACUCUAACAGAACAGUCUGCAUCCGUGGCUGAAACAACUGCUAUAAACACCCCGUUUCAGCAAAAUUAUACGGAUGACGUAACAUUACUUGGUCAUCCCGCUUCGGUUGGGUUAACUUCAAGGAGUGAUUAUACCGAUGAGUGGUACUAUGUGGAUCCGAAAAAUGCCGUGCAAGGUCCCUUUCCAACAAUUCAUAUGCAGGCUUGGUAUAAAUUGGGAUAUUUUACAUCAGAGUUACGUGUGCGACAUGGACAGAAUCCAGAUAGCAGUUUUACGACUUUGGGUGAGCUGAUAGCAAUGAAUGGCGAGGAGACGCCGUUCAAACUGAAACUUUUUCAACCACCAGUAAUGCAGUUACCAUUACAACAGACUCAGGAAGUUAGCAGAAAUAUAUGGAGUCGAGAUUAUAGUGUAUCGCUUAUCGAAGCUGCAAAAGUCAAGAAAGAACGACAGAAACUGGAAGAAGAGCAGCGUCGGAUGGCAGAGCAGGAAAGACAGUUAAAGGAGAUGCGUGAAGCUUUAUUGAAAGAAGAAGAAGAAAGGCUCGAACGAGAACGAAGAAUCAUGGAGAAAGAACUACAACUUCAAAAGGCACAAGAAGAAUUAGCACAGUUAGCAGCGGAAGAAAAAAAGCGAGCAGCGGCAAGAGAGCGUGAAAUAGAGGCUGAAAAGAAACGAUUAGCCGAAGAGAUGGAAAGGACGAAAAAGGAAGAAGUGGAGAGAGCAUUAGCUGAAACAAGAAGAAGAGAGGAAGAAAGAGAACAGAAACGACUGAAAGAUGAAGCAGAAAUGCAUAUGAAAAAGGCAAGAGAGUUAAAAAGAAUGCAAGAAGAAGCUGAAGAAGCAUCUCGAAAAGCAGUGGCUGAGCAAAAACAGCUGCGACAACAAGCGUCUGCGGCAGUAACCGCACGUGAAAAAGAAAAUUUGCAUCAUAAUCAACAAGUCAAGUCGAGAAAAGGGAAUGCUUCGAAAGAAUUCAUUGUUACUGAAGAAUUUGCGCCUCCCUUAAGGCAGAAAGGAUCAGAAAAUACAUCUUCGAAUUGGCAAUGUUCUUGGCAAACAACAUAUCAAAGUGGUGAAGAAAAAGUAGUCGCACCAAAAACCGCUCCAUGGGUUGCUGUAACAAAUAAGGGAAUAGCUGAUCGAAGCGAGCCAAGUUUGUUGGAUAUACAACAAGAGGAAGAGCGACAAAUGAUUGAGGAAAUGAAGCAUAAACAGCAGCAACAGAUAAAUGGUAUAGCAGCUGCCGAGGCAACUCCUGCAGGAGUUUGGAGUUCUGCUGCACAUAAACUUAAGUGGAGGCAGGAUUUUCAGCCUGAUACUGCGGUUGCACCUUUACGACAAGUUGCAUGGGGUGGCGCCAAAGGUAUGAAUGAAAUAACCACUACAAAAGCAAUCUGGGAUGAUCCGUCGCUUUUAGAUAGUGGCAAAGCUAGAACUAAUAGAAAUUUACAAAGUGCAAGUAAAUCGGAACGAGGAAGUGUAGAACAAGAAGCAGUUAAGAAAAUCUUCAAGCAAUCUGUUACAAGUAGCGGUAAUGCUCUCACUAGCUGGAUGAUAAAUCGAGUAAAGCAAUUAAACCCACAAGUAGAUGCUGAUGUGUUCGCUGCGUUUAUUGAAGGUGUUGAUAAUCCGAAUGAAGUAGAGGAUUACAUAAUUGGUUAUUUGGGUGAAAGUCGUUUAGUGAAGGAAUUGAUACGAGAAUUUCUAGAGAGGCGUUCACAAGCACGUCAUAAGAAAGAACCUGUUGAUAAAGACGAUUUAACUCAUCCUGCACAAGCAGCAGAUGCAUUAAGUAUUACAGCGGCGAAUAGUAAAUUGGAUAGUUCUACCUCGCAACAAAUACCAACGGGUGGUGGGAAGCGCAAGAAAAAGGGCAAUAGAGGAAGUAAACUGGUUGUUGAUGGUGCAUGUUUGGGUUUCAAAGGAGCAGUCGAUCCGAAUCGUGUUAAUGUUGGUGAAAUCGAUAUUAUUGAUGGCAGUAAUCGUUUACUUGCAUAA